AAAAUGAUGAAGCUUUUCCUCACUGGGAAACCUAGAACCUUUUAGCAGUCCCUUACUGGGAACCUUUUUGCAGUGCCUCGCUGGGAAACCUAUAGUCUAAGAACCGUUGUACUGUGGAUUGGUAAAGCUUGCUCACAGUAGAGUCCAAGACAAGUGAUGGCGUACGCAUAUGUUGCUAUCAUCACAUUUUUGGUACUCUUAUCUUGUGGCUCAUGUAUUCAUGAGUCCAAAGCUGAUCUUGAUGAUGCGAGAAAUCAGCUUAGGAAAUUGCUACUGCAAGAAAUCAUGAUCAAUGAUGCCCGCAAUGCACAAGAGGAUACUGUGGAACAACAACUAAACAAUAAAUUGAACGAGGAAGAUAUUUUCGCAGAAAACGUGCGAGAUGAUGAAAAGGAUACUUCUAACGGAAUGGACCGAGUUCUGGAGCAAUUUACCAAAUUGAUUCAAGGAUUUGCAGACUCUGAAUCAGAGGAGCCUGCAUCACUUGCUGCCGACGAAGAACCAGAAACUGAUGCAGAAGGCAAAGUUUGCAUCAAGUACAUCGAAGUCACAGCAAAAACAGGAUCUUUGAAGGGUUCCGCUCAACGUUAUGGAGCACCCCCCAAAAUGGUGAUAGGCAUACACAAUGUAGCUCAUGAGGCCACCCUGGAAGGAAACAAGUAUGUAGGUGCUAUGUACACCAAGCAGCUUUCUUUGUCCAGCUUUAAACCUUCAAACUCAAUACCGAGCUGUCUUACUCAAGAUAUGAUAACAAGUGUCAAGCUGAAAGAAGAGGGGGGUGAUGGAUGGUAUGUAGCUUGGAUCAAAACUGAUAUCUCUGGCUCUAACCAUGCUUUCACUCCACUCACAAGAGAUGAUAAUUUUAACAAAUGGAUCGAUGGGGACGAAGCAUACUUAUAUAGCUACGAUGCUACACUAGUUCCCCUCACUCUGCACAAUACUAAUCAAGCAGUUUGCAUUAAGUACAUCAAAGUUACAGCAAAAACAGGGUCUGUGAGUGGUGCCGCUCAGCGUUUGCAAUAUGGAGCACCCCCAAAAUGGUGAUAGGCAUCAACAACUUAGCCCAUGAGGCCACCCUGGAAGGAGACAAGAAUUUAGGCGCUAUGUACACCAUACAGCUAUCUCUGUCCAGCUUUAAACCUUCAAACUCAAUACCGAGCUGUCUUACUCAAGAUAUGAUAACAAGUGUCAAGCUGAAAGCAGUGGAUACUGAUGGAUGGUACAUAAGCAACAUCAAAACUGAAGUAUCUGCCUACUCAAAUUUCGAUUUCACGUUACUCACAAAUAAUGACAAUUUUAACAAAUGGGUCGAUGGCAACGAAGCAGACUUAUAUACCUACGAUGCUACACUAGUUCCCCUUACUUUGCAAAAACCGAACACCAUCAAGGAUACUCCCCACUGUGGCUAUGGGAUACCAGUUUGCGAGUGUGAAGCGGAUGCUACUCAGUGCAUUUUUAAUAUGGAGAUUGAUGAAAUCAUGACUUUCACAAGUUAUCAAAAACUUGGAGUUGGAUUGAGCGAGGGACUGGCUGUUCGAGCUGCACAAGGAGUGCUGUAUAACAUCGAUGAGAGGUCAGGAAGUGCUGGACCACAUCCAAUUCACAGUGGAAGGCAAUGUGCUGAAUUGGAUAAGGAGAAAUGCACCGAUCCACAGUACGUUGAUGGAAAGACUUAUCGCAUGGCUGUUGGAGUGAAUGGUCAGAUUCCUGGGCCAACAAUCAUUGUUCACCAUGGUCAAGAGGUGGUCAUCCACGUCCAUAACAACAUGUCUACUGAAGGUAUAUCAAUCCACUGGCAUGGAGUGCAUCAGAGAGGAACGCCUUGGAUGGACGGAGUGGGACAAGUCACACAGUGUCAGAUCGGCCCUUCUUCUAGCUACUCCUACACUUACAUAGCCAGCCCAUCUGGCUCAUUCUGGUACCAUUCACACAGUGGAGCACAGCGAACAGACGGUUUCUUUGGAGCUCUCAUUGUUAAAGAACGACCCAAUGAGUUGAAUGAUAUCAAGACGAAACUCGGUUAUCAUGGUGUUAAAACAUUUAUCGAUGAUCCUGCGGAGCAUUCAAUCACUCUUGUUGACUGGAAUCAGGAGGCCUCUCUUAAUGCAUUCACACAAAGUCAUGCUGGUCUAGGCUUCUUUGAAAAUAUACCUAUAGGCCAAGUACCUAAUGAUUGGGAUGAACCGUAUGAAGUAACUAGAAGUAUUGAGCGCGGAGGGGUUGGAGCACUUCCCUUUUACUCGGGCCUCAUCAACGGGAAAGGAAGACACAAUGAUGUACCAUACAGCAAGACAAGGCUCAGCGAAUUCCGAGUCCAACAAGGCAAUAGAUAUCGAUUCCGACUGAUUGGUGCUCAAGGACUUUACGCGUACAAAUUUUCGAUCGAUGGACAUCGACUAACUGUUGUGGCCACUGAUGGCUAUUGGAUUGAACCCGUGAAUGACGUUGACUACAUCAUAAUUCAUACUGGCGAACGCUAUGAUUUUAUUCUUGAUGCCAAUCAGGAUGCUAAGAAUUACUGGUUGAGAGCAGAAACAUUGGAAAUAAAUCUGAAAGGUGGUCCACCAUAUCGAUCGCUAGGACAUGUAGCUGAGGGAAUACUGCGUUAUGUAAACUCUGAAACAGUGAUUCCGAUCAGUUCAACCCAGUAUGAAGAAAUCAAGUUGGGCUCUCCACCUAUACAAUGCUCCUCAAGUCAUAAGUGCCAUGCUGUCAAUUGCCCGUUCAAAGAUUUCCACCCAGCUUAUUACACUGAGUGUACGAAUGUUGACAAGCUGCGACUCCUUGAAGAAACUGACGAAGAAGAAAUGCCCGCUGCUUAUCCUUCACCCAAUUGUCCAGACUGUCUGCAUUUUUUCAACUUUAACUUUGAAGGACAUUCUGCUACAAGUUCUGUGAACGGACGCUCUUUUCUUCUUCCCCCUGCCCCACCACAAACACAGUAUGACGAUUACUUAAAACAAGGAACUCAAUGUGACUUAGAAACAGAGUGUAACCCUGCAAGUCUUGCAUGUAUAUGUACACAAGUGAGAGACAUUCCAUAUGACAAGACGGUCCAGUUUGUUCUCACCGCCAUGGGUACAGUCGAUGCCGCUCAUCCAAUUCAUUUGCACGGGCACACUUUUCAUGUUGUGAAGAUUGGCUACCCAGAGUAUGACGAUACGACUGGUUUCGUUGCUCAGAGAGAUGGACCUGUGUGCGAUAACAUACAAACGAAACUUUCUAUUCAUAAUCCCGAUAUUCAAUGUGGAGACUCUUGUGGUGGAAGUGUGUGUCCAAUAAAUGGCUGCGAUCCAAAUCGUUGCACCAAGCCUGGAUGGACGAAUGGAAACUCUCCAGAUAUGCAGAUUCACAGUAAAACAAUUCGUAAAGAUACCGUUAUGCUUCCUGCUGGUGGAUAUGUCGUUAUCAACUUCAAGUCCGAUAAUCCGGGACAAUGGUUCCUUCACUGUCACAUUGAGGUACAUCAGCUUUCUGGGAUGGCCCUCAUAAUUAAUGAAGCUCAGGAUAAACAGGAGCUCCUCCAGUUGCCAGAUAACCUAAACAAGUGUGGAGACUUUAACUUGAGCAUGGAGCAGUACUUGAAGCUUACUAAAGGAACUGCAAAAGCUGCCAAUUUUCUUUGAAUUACAACAGCCGACAAUGAGAACAAUGUAGACUUAGAUUUUGAACUGUCAAUGAAAUUUCCUUCUAGUUAGUUUCUACUGCUGAAAAUUUGUAGUGAUUAUCAACAAUUGUACAUGGAAAGCACAGCUGAAAAACCCUGUAUUGUGACAACA